AUGUCUGGAGAAAAGAUCUACGAAGGUGUUUUCGCCGUCCAUAAACCCCAAGGAGUUACUUCCGCCGAUGUCAUCCGCACCCUCCAACACCAUUUCAACCCUUCGAAGCUCUUCAAGCCUUGGUUAGAAACCGAGCGCGCUCGCCGAGACCGCGAAAGCAAAAACCAGCGCAGACGGCGCCGCACGCAACGCCUGGAUGUCAAAAUCGGUCAUGGAGGAACCCUCGAUCCUCUGGCAACCGGUGUGUUAGUCACCGGUGUCGGCAAAGGUACCAAACAGCUCCCUGACUUCCUGGGAUGUACAAAAACCUACGAAACAAUUGUACUUUUCGGGGCCGAGACAGAUACCUACGAUCGGUUGGGCAAGGUCGUCCGGCGGGCUCCAUAUGAGCAUGUUACGCGCGAAAUGGUUGAGAAGGCGCUGGAGCAGUUUCGGGGAAAGAUCAUGCAACGCCCACCUAUCUUUUCGGCCUUGAAGGUCAAGGGCAAGCCGCUUUAUGAAUACGCGCGUGAGGGCAAGGAGCCGCCGAUUGAGAUCCAGGAGAGACCCGUCGAGGUGACGGAUCUGCGUAUUCUCGAGUGGUAUGAGCCUGGUACACAUGACUUCAAAUGGCCUGAACAAGAGGCCGCUGCUGAGGAGAAGGCGGUCGCCGAGAAACUCCUCGCGAGAGAUGAUGCUCUACCUGUUGCGCCGUCCGCCGAAGCUGCAGGAUCAGCCGAGAAGACAGUCGAGCAAGAUGCUUCGGCUUCGACAAAACGCAAGACACCACCCCCUCCGGAUAGCCCCAAUGCAGCUGAAGAUAAUGCCCCAGUCACGACCGAAGGUGAGAAAUCUCCGGCCGUGAAGAAGCAGAAGGCUGCUGAAGGCGAAGCGGUCCCGGCACAGACCGAGCAAUCGUCGUCAAAUGCCCCAGAAACAACAGAAGAGAAGUCAGAUGCGUUGCCAGAGAAGGCUGAGUCUGCCCCUCAGCCGAAAUCCGCGGCUGUUAAGAUCAUCAUGACCGUCUCGUCGGGCUUCUAUGUCCGUUCCUUGGCACAUGACCUGGGCAAGGCCGUUGGCAGCUGUGGACUGAUGAGUGAACUCAUCCGGACCCGUCAGGCAGAUUUCGAACUUGGUGCUGACAAGGUACUUGAGUAUCGGGAUCUGGAGGCUGGUGAAGAGGUUUGGGGACCCAAGGUACAGCAGUUCUUGGAACAGUGGGAGAAGAAAAGGGCGGCCGAGGCCACUGUCGAUCAAAACUAA